CAAUAAGCUCAUCUGCCAGUGCAGCAACAAUUUGGUUACAUAAGCGUAAAUCAGAACAAUGAGACACACUCCAGCUCUGCUUCUGCUGCUUCUCCUGGUGACAGCCGUGGCUUAUGGAUACAAAAAUGUGGCUUUACGUGGCAAAGCAACUCAGUCUCAUCGGCUCAAAUCAGAGUUUAGUGUGGAUGCCAACAAUGCUAUUGAUGGAAACCGAAAUCCCGAUCUUAUACAAGGAUCUUGCACCCACACUGGAUCACAGGCACACCCCUGGUGGAGGGUGGACCUGCUGGAGUCCUACAUCAUCACUUCCAUCUCUGUGACCAACAGAGGAGACUGCUGUGCAGAAAACAUUAACGGAGCAGGAAUUCAUAUAGGAAACUCCCUACAAGAUGAUGGUAGAUCAAACCCAGUGGUUGCUGUAAUUGAUGGCAUCCCAUCUGGAAGGACUUUGAAAAUAACUUUUACCAGUCCUGUGAAGGGUCAUUAUGUGAUUGUAUCACUGCCUGGUUUAAACCGGGUGCUUACACUCUGUGAGGUGGAGAUCUAUGGUUAUCGUGCUCCAACUGGAGAGAAUAUAGCAAUUUAUGGAAAAGCUACUCAGUCAUCAUUGCAUUCUAUUGGCAUUGCCUACAACUCCAUUGAUGGGAAUCGUGUUGGAUACUGGGGCAAAGGUUCUUGCAGUCAUACAGUACAUGAAUUAAAUCCUUGGUGGCGACUGGACCUGGGAAAAACCCAUAAAGUGUUCUCUGUCAACGUAACCAGCAAUGUGGAAGGCUACUUACGACUUCAAGGAGCUGAAAUUCGUAUUGGUGAUUCACUUGAUAACAACGGCAACAAUAAUCCCAGGUGUGCUGUGAUCUCAACCAUCGCUCCAGGUUUUACUCAAAACUUUCAGUGCAAUGGAAUGGAUGGUCAAUACAUUAACAUUGUCAUACCUGGAAGAGUUGAGUAUCUCAUCUUGUGUGAGGUUGAAGUCUACGCAUCAAGACUAGAUUAACUAAAUAGACCUGCCAUUCCUUUAAAUGUUGAUAUUUUUGUAGAAAAACAUGUCUUCCUCAGAUUUAAUGACUAGCUCUAAAUCCUUUAACUAGAACCUGAUCCAAUCACUUUAUGCUUCUGUUCUGCUGAUUUAAGAAAAUACUUAUUGAAAAUCCAAAAAGUAAAAAACAGAAAACAAUAGUCUUGUUAAUUAGUUUGCAAGGUGUUUUGUGUAACCAAUUCAAUAAUUCUUUGUUUUUAUACGUUGACGCAGAUAUGAUGAGAAAGAAGCAAUAAUCAGCCAG